GCUCUUGGUGGUUGUGAUAACUCUUCCGUAACGCAAAAAGUUUCCGCAAUAGAGAAAUUUUUACCGAAUUUGCAAGGUCGGGCGUUUUUUUCGUAAAAAAGAAGCAGAAAUGGUUAUUGAUAGACAAAAAGGGAAACUGUGGAUAGUGCAAACAAUUCAAACCGCAGCAUUAAUGUCUGAUAAAUAUUCAGCGCUAUCCGUUUGAAAAGAGGAGUAACCUUAGGCUUUUCAUCGCUUGCAAACCAAAAUCGUUAUAAAAGGAACCCAGUAGGAAGCGUAUCAGCGCCGCUACUGAUUUUCUGGCAAUCAAUCGCCUGAACGUGUUCGAAUCAGUACCCUAAAAUUUUAAUCGCCAUUUAUUUUUUAAACCGUCGGCCAAAAAGUGUCGAAUUUGGUUUGUUUUCUUCAUAUAGAUUUUGAGUCUUUUUGUUAAUUAGUAUGAAUUGGAAGGAGUGGCUUGCGUUGUUAAUUUUUUUUAUAGUCUAUUUGUUGUUUGGUGGUGUGGUCUUCAUGCUGAUCGAAUCUCCUGAAGAAGAAGAUCGUUUACAGGAACUGAGUAGUCUUAAAAAUGUUAUCCAUGAAAAGUUAAUUGCGUGCGACGGAAAUGUGAUAAAUCCAGUCCAUCUCGCCGGACGGGAGGAGAUGUGGGCACAUAUUGCCGAACAAAUUAAUCAACCAGGUUUAAUCCACAAUGGUUCACUACCACCUAAGAAGUGGACCCUUUACAACAGUUUCUUUGUGGCCGUCACCGUUGCAUCAACCAUUGGUUAUGGCCAUUUGGCACCAUCAACGCCUUCUGGUAGAGUGUUUUGCAUCUUCUUUGCUCUCGUCGGCAUCCCUCUCAACGGAAUAUUGUUUGCUACGCUAGGAAACUAUUUUGGUUCCAAGCUUGUGAAGCGGCCAAGCAAGCGCAAGCGGGGACGUUUUGCCACUUUUAUUGUCGUCACAGCGGAGAUCCUCUUGUAUUCCAUACCGGGUCUUAUUGUUUUUCUGGCAAUUCCUGCUGCACUUUUUACAAUCGUCGAAGGAUGGGAUUACAUCGAUUCAUUUUACUACGCGUUUAUUAGCUUAACCACCAUUGGAUUCGGCGACCUUGUCGCAGGGCAACAUGAUAUUGGCCAGUGGACAUGGGUCUAUCGUUCUUUCAUUAUUAUUUGGAUAUUGUUUGGACUUGGGUAUCUCAUCAUGGUUAUCAAUAUCAUCACUAAAGGGUUACGUUCGAGUCCAGUUGUAGCACCUGUUAUAGCACUUGAAAAAAAGAUGGCAGCUCGCAUCCGUGCCACUAGGCACCUACUAGCCAAAGACGGCGUUGCCUUACGCCAGCUAGUCCAUGACAUCACAGCAAUGAAAACCAAGCCAGUUUCUAAGCCGGCGAGGAUGGAAUUGCUCCGUACCUUUAGCCACCCAGUUUUACGUUACGAAGAGCCUCAUAUUGAGAAAGAUCCUGAAAAACUUAACGGUGCUACAGGAAGUGACGGUUUUAAUAAUACUAUGAUUCAUUACCUUGAUCGAGGAGUUACAUGCAACAAUGGCUCUUUCCGCAAACCUAUGGAAAGAAUGGAAUCGGUCGAGGACCCACUACAAUUGCUGACACGUUUAGCCACUGUUUUGUGUAAUGACGACCAAGAAGAUGACUUAUCUAUUCGUGAAACGUCGAUAUCUGAAGUCGAUCAGUCUCAAGAGAAUAGAAACAUUUGCAAGGAAUCCGCAUUUGAUCUUAUUCGACGAUCUUUACGGCUUUCGAGGAAUCGUAGCAGCGAAGAGCCGCCUUGUUUGCCAUUUUCCCCAAAAGUACAAGGAGGGUUGCAAACGGGAAAUGUGAACCGUAUUUUUACAGGUAAACGCGUCCGACAUGUAAGCGAAAGUCACACUCAAACGAUUACCGAUUGCAAUGGCUCUAUGAAAAGCCAUCAACAAUUGAUACUUGAACAAGAAAAAAAACCAGCAAGUGAAUUUAGGCGUAGUAGCAGCGAAAAAUUUGCGCCUAACAAAUGUACAUCCAUUUCGUCAUUCAGCAUCACCCCGUCUCCGGAUUGGUCACGUCAACUAGAAAAAGGUCUAGUAGCUGAAGCAAUUCGCAGCACCGAUAACACCGCCCGAACGGAGCCGCCAACAGCUGCUGCUGUUAAACUUUGCCAUAUGCUAGAUCGUGUUCAAAUCUCUAGACAGAGCAAUAGGACCUCAUCAAAAAACUGAUUGGUAAUGCUAACAACGUGCAUUUUGUCGGGAAACGAUGGUUGAUAAGAUGAAUGUGAUGCGUCAAUAUGUUGAUUUGUCAAGAUAUAUGUCAAUAUGCCGUGAUGGAUUGUUACAUAAAAAGCGAUAACCGCGCUUGACUGUAGGAGUGAAUUCUACCAAAAUGCAAUAACAGCAGAUCUAGUGCGAUAUUUCUGUCAUAAGUUAGUCAUAUUCUCUGGACGCCUUGAUAGCAAGUCUAAAACUUACCAUUUGACGUCAAGAACUAAUUGAUAAAUAAAUUCUUGACUCUCAGCCAACAAUGAAAA